AUGACCAAUCCAUCAAAAAAAGCGCCAGAAACAGCAGCUGCGCAUGAAUGGCUUCAAUCAUUCCACCGCCUCGGCGACUCUCUCUCACCUGAAAUGUGGGUGGAAACUUUCUACACCCCCGACUGCACAAUGCAAUUCCUCGGCCAGCCACCAGUACACGGCCACGAGGCUAUCAUCGCCCAUUUCCGCCGCCAGUUUGCUCGACUUGAAUGCAUGAAACAUACUAUACGGCAUGUUGAUGUCACGCACGAGCGCAUCUACCAGGAAGCCACGGUAACAUAUGUCGUCAAGGGGGAUCCAGAGCAGCGGCCAAUUGAAGCGCAAGGCCUUGCGGUGUUUGGAAAAGGAGUUGGGGAGAGCCAGAUUAGCUUCUUCACCGUCUAUUUAGAUUUGGAGCCAUUGCGGGAGAGGAUGAGGGAGGUGUUAGGGCCGGUUUGA